GUGGUCAGCACAUGUAUCAUCAGCGGCGAGAGUCAAUUUAACAAUCUCACCCUCAUCCGCCCGGAAUACUUCAAACUUUUAGGAGAGACGCACGGAAAGUGUCUCUUUGCGUCAGUCCUCCUCUUCAUCACAUCAUAAAGAACACUUGCUGAAUCACAGCACCUCCCUCGAUCUUCAUCUUCAUCAUCAUGUCUGGGAAGUCAGACGGUGCGCAGAAGAAGUGGGUGGCUAUGCAAGGUCGAAUGGGCUCGUCUCAUGACUCGGACGGCUCGCAGGAGGCCAACCUGGAGAACGCAGACGCCGAGCUGUGCAUCCGUCUGCUGCAGGUGCCCACCGUGGUCAACUACUCAGGCCUGAAGAAGCGGCUGAUGAAGAGCGACCAGGCCUGGAUGGUGCAGUUCCUGGAGCUCUCGGGCCUCGACCUGCUGCUGGAGGCCCUGGCCCGUCUGUCGGGACGUGGCUGCUCUCGAAUCGCAGACGCUCUGCUGCAGCUGACGUGUGUGAGCUGUGUGAGAGCCGUGAUGAACUCCUCCGCUGGGAUUCACUUCAUCGUGGAUAAUGAGGGAUACGUGCGCAAGCUGUCGCAGGCUUUGGACACAUCUAACACCAUGGUGAAGAAGCAGGUGUUUGAGCUGCUGGCGGCCCUCAGCAUGUUCUCCUCCGAGGGUCACAGACUCGCGUUAGAUGCUCUGGACUAUUACAAGUCUGUGAAGACGCAGCAGUAUCGAUUCAGUGUGAUUAUGAAUGAGCUCCAGUCCACUGAUAAUGUGCCUUACCUGGUGACCCUUCUGAGCGUCAUAAACGCCCUGAUCUUCAGCGCCGACGACCUGCGGCAGAGAGACAAGAUGCGCAAGGAGUUCAUCGGAUUACAGCUGCUUCGCCUGCUGCCGAAGUUAAGAGAAGAAGAUGAUGAAGACUUGAUCAUCCAGUGUGAGGCGUUUGAAGAGGCCAUGGCUGAGGAUGAGGACGAACUCCUGAGGCUUCAUGGAGGAACUGACAUGAGCAACCAUCAGGAAGUCUUCACAUCUCUGUUUAACAAGGUGAGCAGCUUCCCGUCGUCUCUUCAGCUGUUGUCCGUCUUGCAGGCGCUGCUGCUGCUGGGUCCCGAGCGAGCCGAUAUCUGGCAGGCGCUGGAGGCGCUCGCUAACAGAGCCGUACUGAUCGCUCAGAGCUCGGAGAUGGACUCAUGUGAGAAGAUCCUGCAGCGUCUUGUUUUCACAAAGGAAUUAUCCAAAGGCUCUUAUGAAGUCGACGGUUACGAAUACAAGAGAAAGAAUCAAGCCGUACAGACGGAGACCAAAGAGGACACACUGGAGUGUUCCUGCAAACCAACCAAAAACCAUGAACCUUCUCCCAACUCCACAAAGACUGGAUCUCCUCCUCCUCCUGCUCCAGGAGCAUCUAUACCUCCUCCUCCUCCAGGAAUGACUUCUAUAUGUUCUCCACUGCCUCCAUCUUUACCUGGCAUGAGUGUGCCUCCUCCUCUUCCUCCUGCACCUCCUCCUCCUUCAGGAGCAUCAAUGCUUCAUCCACCACCUCCACCUCCUCCUCCUCUUCCAGGAGCGUCAAUGGUUCAUACACCACCACCACCUCCUCUUCCAGGAGCAUCAAUGCUUCCUCCUCCUCCUCUUCCAGGGAUGGCUUCUACAGUUCCUCCACUGCCUCCAGCUUUACCUGGCAUGACUGUGCCUCCUCUUCUUCCUCCAGGAGCAGGUGAUGUGAUCGUGGCCCAGACGUUUUACCCAGUUGGUCAGUGUUACUCGGCGCUGGUGAGGAGCGGCCCUCAUCCCUCGCUCCGGAUGAAGAAGCUCAACUGGCAGAAGCUGAACUCCAGAGCCGUCACCGAUGGUCCUUCAUUGUGGGCAUCUGUCACAAGCAAAUCUCAGCUGGAGCCCAAUUACAGCAGCAUCGAGCAGCUCUUCUGUCUGCCGCUCGCCGAACCCAAAGACACGAGCCUCGCCGCGCCGCGCAAGAAGGAGCCCAAGGAGAUUUCCUUCAUUGACCCCAAGAAGAAUAUGAACCUGAAUAUCUUUCUGAAGCAGUUCAAGUGCUCAAAUGAAGAGUUCGUGUCAAUGGUGCAGAAAGGAGACUGUUCGAAAUUUGACGUGGAGUCCCUGAAACAGCUGCUAAAACUGCUUCCAGAAAAACACGAGAUUGACAACUUAAAAUCAUUUCAAGGAGAUCCGGACAAACUGGCAAACGUGGACCACUUUUACCUCUCACUGCUGGCUGUGCCCUGUUACCAGCUGAGGAUUGAAUGCAUGUUGCUGUGUGAGGAGACUCUGUCUGUGCUGGAGAUCCUGAAGCCCAAGGUGGAGCUGCUGGAGACGGCGUGUGAGAAUCUCAGGAAAAGUUCACUGCUGCCCAGUUUCUGCAAACUCAUCCUCAGCGUUGGAAACUUUCUCAACUAUGGAAGCCACACCGGAAACGCAGAGGGAUUCAAGAUCAGUUCCCUGCUAAAACUCACCGAAACCAAAGCAAACAAGAGCCGCAUCACGCUCUUACAUCACAUCCUGGAGGAAGCUGAAUUAAAUCAUCAAGAGCUGCUGGAGCUUCCAGACGACAUCGAGGCCUGUGAGAGAGCAGCCGGUGUAAAUCUGGACUCGAUUCAGACAGAAACCGGUCUCCUCCUGAAGAGACUGAGAGACGUGGAGAAGAAAGUCUCCUCUUCGCUCGAGGACGUCAAGCAGCAGUUCUCAGAGAUCAUCGAGAAGAACCUGGCGGCGUGUGAAGCUCUGGACCAGCGUUUCUCCAGCAUGGACAGCAGGAAGGGAGAUCUGGCUCAGUAUCUGUGUGAAGACGUGUCUCAGCUCUCGCUCGACGAGCUCUUCAGCACCAUCAAGAUCUUCCGCCAGCUCUUCAUCAGAGCCCUGAAGGAAAACAAGAUCCGUAAAGAACAAGCGGCUAAAGCGGAGAAAAGAAAGCAGCAGCUGGAGGAAGAAGAGUCCAAGAGACAGAAGGGAGAAGAUGGGAAGAGAAUUCGUCGAGGCGUGCCUCCGCAGGACGACGGCUGCAUCAUCGAUCAUCUCCUGGCCGACAUUCGCAAGGGUUUCCAUCUGAGAAAGACUCGUCCCAGGUGCGAAUCAGAAAGUGUAAUGCAUGGAGAUUCAGGAGCGUCCGGUAAGAAUAUCAGCCUCUGAAGCGGCUCCAGUGCAGAAGUCUGAAGCGUUCGUCUUCACGUUUCUCACGUGAAAAGCGCUGAAGCUCCGUUUAUAAUCCGAUAAAAACAGACUCUAACUUUCAUAUCAGUCCAGAAAGAGAUAUUAAUGAAACCGUUUCUGACUCCUUUAAACCUGAUUCCUCAUGCCCUGCUGCUCCACCAAUCAGCUUUGCCGCAUGCCCUCAUGCCUGCUUCUGAUUGGUCGUUCACAGCUGUCUGUCACAUGUCAGCGUGAACUGUAAAUACAAGCUGAAGCUUGUGGGUAGUUGACAUUAUUUAUUUGAUUUUUCAACAUCAGUUUUUCCAGAUUGUUUAAGGAAAAGUUGUUUAUAUCCUAUAAAUGGUUACUUUUAGGUUCUCCUCCUUUUUAUUCAGCUUUAUAUAGAGCUGCAGGAUUAAUCACAAUAUGACUUAAUGCUUCAAAAUAAACAUACGAUAGUUUGAAAAUUAAGAAAUUCAGAAAAAUUAAGCCGUAAAUAUUAUUUUUUUCAGUACAGUGACUUGUAAAUUGCAAUAAACUGUACAAUAAAUUAUU